CAAACCGUAUGGGAGGAGGUCGUUUAUAAGCAUCCCAUGGCAGCGCGAUCACAGCAGCCGCUUUGCAUGAUUACGCUGCACCUCCAGUCCAGAACAGACAAGUCGCGAUCCACUCUCUUCAUAGCUUCGGCGCAAUCCCAGGCAAUCCUUUCGACACUGGGUACAAUGCAGGCCAUCGGCUCCUUGCAUGCAUAUCAGCAUCUCAUCUGAUUUGUGCGGUGAUAUCGAAUAGCUACACUACGCCACUAGGCACAGCAGAUUUACGGUUGGCACAUUGCGCUAGUCGCUAAUAAUGCCUACUUUCCGAAUGACUAGGGGUGGCCACUCGCCCGGGUCGGUUGGGUCAGGAACACCAAAAGUGAGCAUUCACACGCGUAUCUCGGCUAAGCAGAUUCCCCGG